AUGGGGCCCCGACUAUCGGCAAACGAACACCGUGAUAUCGUUGAUUGGGCCACUUACCAUGAGGCGCGGGGCAUCGACAAGAUCUACAUCAUCGACAUGGGCCUGGACUCCAUGCAGCCAGAGCUGGAGAAGGCCGGCCUCAUCCAGUCUGGCGUGGUGGAGCACCGCCACGUCAGCAUGGCCGCGGUCCGUGAAGACCUCCUGAAGAACAGCGGGCUGAAAAUCCCGCCGAACUUCAAGCAGCUGCAGGCCUACGAGUUGUGCCUGCGUGACCACCGCCACAAGCACCGCUGGAUGGCCUUCAUCGAUGCCGACGAGUACCUGACGGUGCUGGAGCCCGCCGCCUCCCUCCGCUCCAUCCUGGCAGACUACGAGCACCUGGGGGGUCUGGGGGUGCACUGGCGGAUCUUCGGGGCAGCGGGGCGCAUCAGGCGUCCCAGCGGCCGCAUCGUGGAGGACUACCACAUGUGCUGCGCGGUACGGUCCGGCGAGGACCGCCACGUCAAGUCCAUCCUUAACACGGAGUUUGCACAGCAUUUCCAGUCCGUGCACCACGCCAACUACACGGGGGGCAGGGUGACGACAAACACCUGCGGCGAGGCCAUCCCGCGCUACACGGCGGCGGCGCCCUGCCUGGAGAGACUGGCACUGCGGCACUACGUCACCAAGAGCCUGUGGGACUUCACGCAGAAGCUGGCGCGCGGGAGCGGCAUGUCGCGGCGCAAGGACUGGACUUACUUUUACAGGGUGCAGAAGAUGGCAUGGCAGGACUGUAGGCUCCCAGCGGCCUGGCCCCUGGGGAGGGGCCCCGUUGAUGAGGGGGGCCUGGGGGCGGUGACAGCUUCCUGA